UCUCGUACCUGUACGCAUAUCGCAUUCAAGUAACCACUUUGACAAGAAACUCUCUCUGACAAUGCCGCCCAAAGCUAGUGGAAAGGCGGUGAAGAAGGCUGGUAAAGCUCAAAAGAAUAUAAGCAAAACCGACAAGAAGAAGAAGCGAAGGAGGAAGGAAAGCUACGCAAUCUACAUUUACAAAGUUCUGAAACAAGUACAUCCAGAUACUGGUAUUUCGAGCAAAGCCAUGAGCAUCAUGAACAGUUUCGUGAAUGAUGUAUUCGAACGCAUUGCUGCUGAAGCAUCUCGUCUGGCUCAUUACAACAAACGAUCGACCAUAACCUCCCGGGAAAUCCAAACUGCUGUACGUCUGCUGCUGCCUGGUGAACUUGCCAAACACGCCGUCAGUGAAGGAACUAAAGCUGUGACUAAGUAUACCAGCUCCAAGUGAACAUAAUCACUACACAAACCGGCCCUUUUCAGGGCCACAAAUCAUUUCGAAACGUGUGACAAUACUUUGCUUCCA